AUGAGGAACGCCUACGAACAACGGUACACCAAAGAGAAGUGUGAGCAGGAGGUGGUAAAGGCGAUGUGCUUUCGCGGGGCCCUGAACCACAUCGCCGACGGUCUGUACCGCUACGGUAGGCAGUGCUGUGUGGUGUCGCAGGCGAUGCGCGAUCUGUCAGCCCUCAUUCCUAAUGUCGAAGCGAACGAGCUGCUUUACACCGACUAUCGCGGUUCUGGCCCUUCUCGCCAUUGUGUUGAACAGGCGCGCCUUGCGAUCGCCCAGUUGGACAACGAUGGUCGCGUUCUUGGCAACUGCCGUGUUUCACCGCCAAUUGGCGACCAGCGAACGUCUUGUUCGUUUUCGGAUGCCCCUCCGCCGUACGCUCCUUGA